AUGGAACUGGCGAUCGGGCGAUAUCCGAUUCCCACAGUGGACGCCGUGGAUUUCGUGCGGACGUUUGCUCCCGAUUUGGAAUCAAAUAUGAUUGAACACUGGAGAGCGGCAAAAACGGGAGAACCACUUCAAG